AUGCACGUUUACUCGAUUCAGCAGAUUCUUGACGUGCGCUCCCUGUACAAGGAGCCGCCGUACCCCGGCUUCUCCCUCGAGGAGGCGUGCCGCAGGAAGAAGUCGACGCAGACAAAACUCGUACGGGGCCCCAACGCAUGGGUCGUCCGCGGGUCGGCGAAGACAACGGAGGAGUGGGUGGAGCGGCGUGUGCAGGGAUCCCUCAACAGGUUGAGCGUCGCGAACUUUGACGAGAUGGUGGCAAGGCUGCAGACGAACCUCAUUUUCUCCACGGAGGAGACACUGAAAAAGACGGUGGGGCUCAUCUUCAAGAAGGCACUCGAGGAGCCGGAGAACAGCAAGUCGUACGCAGGUAUGUGCUACAAGCUUGCUGAGUACGAGGUGAGUCUCACCGCGGCGAAGCAGCCAGCUGAGGGCAGGAAGCACUCCAAGUUGCGCAAUGCCGUUGUUGGCAUCGCGCAGGAGGAAUUUCAAAGCCGACGGAAAAUGCCUUCGGUGGAGGGCCUCACUGAGGAGGAGAUUGAGCUUCAACGCACUACUUUCAUGCGACGCAAACGUGCAAACAUGAAGUUUGUCGGGGAACUGUUCAUGCACAAGGUACUCUCGCAUAACACCAUGAUGAACAUUAUUCAGACCAUAAUGCAGGAGGCGGAGAAGGGUGGCCAUCCGACGAGUGAAGAUAUUGAGUUCCUCACCGAGCUCUUCCUGACGAUUGGCGAGAGCCUCGACGCCGUUCCGGAGCUGCGCGCCAAGGUGGACGGCUACUUCAAACUCCUCGAGCACUUGAAGGACCAGAAGGAGGUGUACCCACCGCGCAUCCGCUUCAAGAUGCUCGACCUCAUUGAGCUGCGGCGCGACCUCAACUGGGAGCCGCGUGCGGCCGCCGCACCAAAGACCUCCGCCGCCACACAGAAGGAGCCGCUGCGCGUUACCGACAAACCCACCACACGCUCACCGGCAACAGUCAACGCGACCAACACGCCCACGAGCGGCGCCAAGAAGAACAAGCAGACGGCCGUCUUCCCUGAUUCGGCGCCAAGCCAACCGGCGGCGGUGGCGGCAGCUCCUUCAGGAGAUUUGGGAUGGCGGAACUGGCGCAACGUUGUCAAGACUGCCGCGUCGCCGUGUGACCCCGGCGUCCUGCGGGCACCCGAGCCGGUGGUGACGUUUGAGGCACGAGUACGUUCGCUCUUCCAAGAGUGGGUGGCGGAGUGCACGAACGACUUCAUCCCGGAAUGGAUGAACGAGUUUCGCAACUGCCAGCGGCACUUUGACUCGGGGGAUGCGCUUUGCAAGGCAGCGGCAGCAGAGGUGGUGCGUGAGGCGUGUAUGACAACCAAGAAGGAGGCGCAGCGCGAGGCGAGCAGCUUCCUUAUAGUAGGUCUCCUCCUCGCAGACGACGAGGUGUUCGACGGCUUCGCCAUGGCGCUGGCCACCGCCAUCGAGGAAGGCAUCCUCGAGGACGUGCCAAAGUUUAGCGAGCGCUUCAUAAACAUGCUGCGCAUAACAUCCGGUGAGGACGUCGCCGCGGAUGUGUACUACGACACCGCACGUGUUCUCUGCAGGGCGUACGGCAUGAUGCGUGAGCCAGAUGAGUCAGUACUCGAUACGUUGAUGGAGUUCUGGGGGAAGAUACCGCGUCCGCCGCCAGACGAGUGCGUCCUCCUGCCACUCCCCGUUGUGCAGUCCCUGGCGGAGAUGCCGACGCAUGGGCAGGCGCCGCUCACUGGCCGUAUUAUUGCCUCAUUGCAUGCCGUUGGAGUCGUGGAUGAUGAGACGAUUGAGCGGUGGCUCGAAAUGCCACUCGAGGGGGUUGCCGCCGACGUGGUCGAAGCGUUUAAGACUGCCAAUAAAUGUUUGCCAACAAAAACAGACUAA